AUGAGUGUAGAUAGAGGUUGUUUGAAGGAGUAGAUGUUAUAUAGAAAUGAGAGAAACAUCAGAUGCAUUCAAAAGAAAAAAAGAAAAAAAAAUCUUUUGUAUAUUAUGUUGCACUAUAUAAUUAUUUGUUGGGAUCGCAAUUAAUUUACACUUUUGUCUGUAGUAUAUAAACCAUGUUUCAUUAGUUUGGAGUUAUUGUCAGGCCUAUCACAUCUUACAAAAUGGGAACAUUUCUAAAUGAAUGCCAAACACCCUCGAGGAUACAACAACAACAACAACAACAACAAAGAUCUUAAUGAUGUGUUUAACUUCAAAAUAUUAAUGAUUCAAAAUCUUAUCUUAUCAAGUAGGAUAAGAUUUGUGAGCACUACUUUUAAAUUGAAAAGAAACAGGAAAUUUCCCAGGUUAGCAAAUGACUGGUGGGCUCAUUUAUUUGUGAGCACCACUUUGAAAUUGAAAAGAAUUUGGCUGAUUUCUUUAUUAGCAAAUGAUUGGUGGGCUCAACUUUUUAUGCCCCCAUGUUUUCUUUACACUACUCUAUUUCAGCUGUAAUUUCCUGGAAAUUUCCUAGAAAUUAUUGGGAAUUAGUCUAUCUAAAGUUGAUUAUCAGUGUUUAAUCUAAUUCCACUCAGCUUCAUAUUAACACUGGAAAAAGUAUCUGCUCAUUUUCUGAGAUUGUUUUGACCUGAGCUAUCCAUUUCAGCAGAGUGAAAAAAUGCUACAGCAAAUUUUGGAAUCCAUUUUCCAAAAGCUGGGAGAAAAGCUGGUAGACUAUUCACAUAACAAUGUGACUGUCUUAACAAAUUUAAAGCUCGAUGUCACAACUUUGGAGACGGGCCUCACCACAUUGUGUGCUAUAGCAUUUGAUGUCGAGGCCAAAUGCAAAGAAGAUGCAUCGGGGAAAAAGAAGAGAAAACGAGAAGUUGAAGAUUGGUUGACACAAGUUCAGCUAAUUCAGACUAAUUUUCUUGAACUACAAUCGUGUGGAUACAUCACUAGGCUCUUGAGUGGAGGCAGAGUUGCAAAACUGAAUAACCGAGUGGGUGAACUCAUGGAGCAAAGCAGGCAUUUUGGUGAAGUUCUAGUCAAUGAUUAUGAUCAGAGGGGAGAGGCAUUUAUAGCAGCUGAAAUGUUUGGUGAAGCAUUUGAGGAAAAUUUGGACAUAAUUUGGGGGCUGUUAGUGAAUGAUAAGGUGGAGAGCAUUGGGAUUUACGGGAUGGGUGGUGUAGGCAAGACGACUUUGAUAAAGCACGUCCACAACCGUCUGCUGCAAGAAACUGAAGAUUGUGUGGUUUGGGUUACGGUGUCUCAGGUGUUCAACAUAAACAAGUUGCAAGACAAGAUAGCUUGUGCUAUCGGUCUCAAGCUGUCGGAUGUACAUGAUGCACACAAAAGAGCAGCUGUAUUGAGGACAGCAUUCUCCACAAGGGAAAGCAUUGUGCUCAUAUUGGAUGAUGUGUGGGAAAACAUCAAACUGGAAGAGGUUGGAUAUCCACUUGGUAGGGAAGGUUGUCGGUUGGUUAUAACAACUAGGUCGUCGAAAGUGUGUCAUCAGUUCGGUUGCAAGAGCAUAAACGAAGUGAAAACACUGCAUAAUGAUGAAGCAUGGGACUUAUUCAAAGAGACACUGGGGCACGAGAGCGUACCUUCUGAUGUCGAGGAAAUUGCCAAGUGUAUGGUCAAGAUGUGCGAUGGCUUGCCUCUUGGGAUCAUCACCCUAGCAGGAAGCAUGAGGGGCGAGACGGCCAGUCAUGCCUGGAGAAAUUCAAUGACAGAACUGAAGAAAUCCUUUAUGGGGCAUGAUGACAUGGAAGAUCAUGUUUAUAAAGUGCUCAAAUACAGUUUUGAUAGAUUGUUACCGAAUCAUCAACAAGGGACGAGGCAUGGAUACACGAACUUACAGCUUUGCUUCCUGUAUUGCGCUUUAUAUCCUGAAGACUGCAAAAUACCAAGAAAUGAGUUAGUCAGGAAAUUCAUUUCGGAGGAGCUGGUUAAUACACGGAAGAGUAUGAAGGCUCAAUACGACGAGGGUCACUCCAUGCUGGAUAAGUUAGUGAAUACGUGCUUGCUAGAAAGCACUCGCGAUCACAGGGAUGGAGAUAGCAUCAGAAUGCAUGAUCUGAUGCGAGCCAUGGCGCUGAAGAUUACUGAAGGUAAAACCGUGGUAAUAGCAGGCGACUGCUGUGUGAAGGAACUCCCCAACGAAGAAGCAUGGAGUGAAGAUCUUGAGAACUUGUCCUUGGUUCAGAACAGCAUACAGGUGGUUCCAUUUGAAAUGUCUCCAAAAUGUCCUAAGCUGUCGAGGUUGCUUCUUUGCGAGAAUCCAUUUGAUUAUUUGCCAGGAUCAUUUUUCUCGAGAAUGCCUACACUGUGCACUCUUGAUCUGUCCAGGACUCGUAUACGAGACUUGCCUGAUUCGUUAUCUGAUCUGACGAGCCUGAAGGCCUUGAUUCUAGGAGGGUGCCGAGAGCUUGCAGCAGUGCCCGACUUGGGAAAACUGAAAGCACUUAGGGAGCUGGACCUUUCGCAUAGCAGAAUCCUGAACAUGCCUCAAGGAACAGAAAAGCUCCUCAACAUGAAGCGCUUGUUAUUAAACGGAGCAAAUUACUUGAGGAUGUUACCUGCAGGUGUGCUGACCAAUCUCUCAAAUCUUCAACUUCUUCUUCUCCCAUAUCAAGUAAAAGCACCAGUAGAGGACAUUGAGAGGCUGAAACAGCUGGAGGAAUUUGCAGGACCGGUGGAAGAUGCGCGUGAUUUUAGCCGUGUCUUUAGAAGUAGAAGAAGCCGGGUACAUGAUACUUUCUACAGCAUUCAAGUGAGAUUGGUUUAUGAUGGUUUCUCUAACCGCCGCAAUCUAGUGACUUUCCAUCUCGGUGACCUUGAGAAAGGAGAUGAGAACCAAGGCACCGUGUCCGCAGCACAUGAUAUCCUAGUAUUCCAUCACUGUGACGGUCUAAGCAACUGUUUAGCCGAUGACUUGUCACGAUUGGAUGAUCCAAGAUUCCUUAAGUUGUUGGAAGUUUAUAACUCAAGAGGAAUAGAAUGCUUGAUCACAUAUGAGAAGCCAGGAUCUCAGUUCUCAAGCCUUGAAAAGAUUUUGCUGCAAGACUUACCCGAUUUUAUGGGUAUAAUUCGCAGCCGGGAAGCAGGGCCAUGGGGAGUAAUUGCAUCACCUACAUAUGCACCAGCUGCAUUUUCUUCUCUAAAAUACUUGACACUUUGCAAGUGUAACAAGAUGAAGAAGAUAGAGUUGCGCGCAUCAGAUUUUCCAAUGCUCGAAAUAAUCUGUGUUAGGAACUGUGAUGAGAUACAGGAGAUAACAGAAACAACAGAUGGCACCGGAAGAGGAGAAGCAGUAGCAUCCGUUGUCUCUCUUCCCCGGUUGAGACAGGUAUACUUGAUUCAGCUGCCACGACUGUCGAGCAUCUGCAAGGAAACAUUGUCAUGUGAUUCAGUUAACCUAAUUCACCUGGAGCAAUGCCAAGCAUUAAAGAAACUGCCGUUGAAUUUCUCAGAGAGCGACAACAACAACCAUACCCUCGAUGAAGGCUUGUAUCAUUGUUCGCCUCCACCAUCUCUCGAAGAAAUCUGGAUACUCGAAGAAGAGAGAGAAUGGUGGGAAUCAUUAGAGUGGGAGCAUCCCAUUCAGUCCCAUCUCAUUCAGCCUUUCCUGAGAUUUUGGGACUAAUGAAAAAAGCAAAUGACAUUUUCUUGUAAUUCAUGUAUGCAUUGCAAACUCAGUAAUCAAACUUUAUGCAAAUUAGAACUUUAGGCAAGGGUAUCAGCUGAAGGUUUAGACAUGAGCAUAUGCACAAUCUUGUUCAUUCAGUUCAAGAAUCAUCAGUAAAGCAUACAAUAAAGGGUGACAA